AUGGUUUCCAAGGGUUUCUAUGACAUGUAUGUGUUAGUGGUUCUAUACUUCCAUGAAUGGAGAGUCAGUGUGAGUUCGAGUAAUCCUGCUAUAAGUAGCAAUGCCAUUAAAAUGAAAGACGGAGAUAAUCAAACCCAAGAAAGCACGAGAAACGUGAAUGUUUCACAAACAAGCAAUACCGAAAAGAGGAAGGAGAGGAUCAUCAUUUGGAAUCAUUGCGAAAGGAAAACUAUUCAAAAUGAAACAAGAGAUCUUCUUAAUCAUUUGCAUCGUUUCACAAAGAAACAAGUAUUGUACUUUACAAAUGUCAACCGAUAA